CCACCACGUGGUUAUUUAAAAGAUAAUGCCCACCUUACCUUCUCUGCCCUACCUUCUAUAUCUAUAUCUCUCUGUAUCUCUACACCUCCUACUUUAAUUUCUAUCUCUACUUGAUAUUUUAAAUUAUUCUCCUACUGAUUUAACCUCAUGUCUAGCUCAUCGGAGAUUGUCGAUUCCGGCAGGUCCUCCGGCCAGAAGACGCCGGAGAAGUCCAGCUUCUCGCAGACUUGUAGCCUCUUGAGCCAGUACUUGAAGGAGAAAGGCUCGCUCGGUGAUCUCAGUCUCGGUAUCGGCUUCGAAUCUAACGGAACAACUCCACCGACACCGGCGGCGGCGGCCGCCGCGACGAUGAAUUUGUUUCCGGUGACGGAGAAGCCAGUUCCGGGGAUUCCGGCGAAACAGCUGCCGGAAAAGGCACAGAUGACUAUUUUCUACGGCGGUCAAGUUGUGGUGUUUAAUGACCUGCCAGCUGAGAAAGCUAAGGAAAUUAUGAUGUUAGCGAGCAAGGCUUGUUCGUCAUUUACGCAGCCUGAAAUUCCGGCUUCGCCUAAAGUUGUUGCUGCUAAUAGUCUUGUGCAGACUCAGCGUCGUCAGCCAAUUGUUUCCGAUCUACCAAUUGCUAGAAAAGCUUCGCUUACACGUUUUCUUGAGAAGAGGAAGGACAGAAUUACUGCCCGGGCUCCAUAUGCUUCAUCAGAGACAAAGCCAGCUGAGAGCAAAUCAUGGCUGGGACUUGCUGCUGCUGAUUCUCCGGUGAAACUCGAACAACAAUGAUUACUUGUAUUUGCAUUUAAUAGUAAGAAUUAACUCGGAUUUAUUCUGUUAUGCUCUGGGGGUGUCAUUUUGCUUCAGCAUCUGGAAAAAAGAAACCUACAACCAGUAGAUCUAAUUAUAUUCUAUGUUGCUAUUGUCUCUGUAAUUAAUUGGGAAAAAAUUCUAUAUUUUCCACAUUAAUCAAAUUGUUGUGUGUAUUAUCUGCUUUGUAUCCACUGGGUUCUGAAAUCAUAAUCCGAGUUAUGACA